CUCUUGAUAAAUAAUCUCUAUUUACAAAAUACAUCAUAAGUUUAUCUUUAAACUAUCGGUUUUUUUUUUGUUAGAAUACCUAUUCGUAUUACGUAGAUUUUGUUCCAUUAUGGUCAUUAAUGAAGUGUUUUUAUUUUGGUAAAAAUAAAGAUAGUAAUAAUCAUGAGCUUCAAAAGAGAACUAGAGGACGCCCGGUGCAACCUACACUCCAAUAAAAUUACUGAAAGAAGAAAAGCCAUAGAAAAAUUCACAAAUCUACUCAGAAACCAGCAGGUGUCUCAACAUCUCAGCGAGAGUGAUCCAUUUUCAUGGAACGACUUAUUGACAGAUUCACAAAAUUAUUUUAAAAAGGAAAGUGAAAGGGUGCAGGAGACGAUAACAAAAAAAGGCCCAUUGAAAUGUGAAGAUUCAAAUUUCGUUUCGGCUCUUGAAUUUGUAGAUUUGGUCGUUGAAACUGCAAUUAAAGAAGGAGUGGAUAACAUAGAUCUUUCAUUAUUAAUCAAAUACAUUGAAGGAUGUUUGAGGGAAAAAGUAAUGAGAAGUUGCAAAGAUACGUUUUUAACAAUUAUUAGAAAUCGUAUAUUACUUAAUUCGAAAUGCUUGGGGUAUUUGGAGCCUGACGAUUUUAUUGUAAUAUUUGGCCUCCUGAAAUCUGAACAAGAAAAAUGCCCGAAUAUAGCCAACAACAGAUCAGUGCUAAGCUGUCUUUCAAUUUUAAUCAAACAAGGACCUUUGGCUGCAUUUCCUACACGUUUUCUACGCGAACAAUUCAAUUUUGUUUCGAAAUUAGUUCAGUCAGUCGGCCCGAAUAGUCCAAGACCUCAACAAGAAGAUGCCAUGGAAAUUGUCUUGAAUUUUUGUAAACAUACUGCUGAAGAUAAUAGGUUAUCUUGUGUAAAAUUGGGGGAAGAAACUUUUCAUGCUUUGAUGGAACUUUAUUGUGUUAGUGGACAUGAUUCUAUUUUAAAGGUAAACUUCAUUGAAUUUUGCCUUUUUCAAAUUGUGAUCCACCAUCCAUAUGGAGUACCAGAAGGCAAUGCAGGAGCUCUAGCUUUCAACUGGAGUGAAUGGAAAUUGUGUGUAAGAAGAAUGUAUUCGUUAGUGACUAGAGAAAUCUCUCAAUAUUUAAGGCAGAGUGUGAAAAAUACAUUAUUUUUCAUGCCUAAAGGAAAAUCUAAUGUGAUAAUGGUAAUGGAUAAUUUCCUUAUGUUGUUUGUUGAAGUUUGCAAACAGUUAUUAAAUAAUUCAGAAUCUUCAAUAUCGUCAUCAAUAUCAAUGGAUGACGACAUACAACUGAGCACUCAGACUCAGACCUACAAGAAACGCAAAAUUGAGACUACUUUGGAAUCAAUUGUGGUUGAAAUUCAAGAAACCAAGAGUUUUAUUUGGGUGAAACUUGUUGGUGCACUCCUAAAAUGUUACCCAAAUCUAAUAGACGCCAAAUUAUUUUUACGUUUGUUACAAAUCUUACACAGUUUACAACUUGAAGUGAACGACAAUAACACUAUGAACUACAUUUACGAAACUCAAGCAAUUCUUAUUGAUAUCAACGGUUAUUUUGAAAUUACAAAUGAAAUUACUAAUUUAUGGAAAUUGAUUGGAGAUUCGACAUUGAGGGCUGUUGGUCUAAAUCACAACAUCCAAGCCACACAAAACUUAUUAGAAAAACUUAUAAGUCAUAAUCUAGUUAAUAUUGAAUCUGUGAUACAAACAUACACAUCGGGAGUACUGAGCAUCACUGAACAUCACCUGAACACUUUGGUUAUGGUUUUAGAACAAAUUGACAUUUCUGAGCUGGAAAUUAAUAAAAAAGAAAAAUUAUUUAAUAGUCUUUUAAGUCCACAUAAUGUCAAAAACUAUAGAUGUUUUCUUAAACCAAAUUUUGCAAAAAUUUUAGUGACAUUGACCCUUAAACAAUGUCCCAAUUUAAGGAAAUUAAAGCCAGAAACAAGUCAGAAUUACUAUAAUGUGAAUCUCGUGAAGCUAUAUGCUAAACAACAGUUUGAAAUCAUUAAGUUGAAUUGCAUUAAAUCCCCAAUAGUCACAAAAAGGACUUUUAAUGUUGAUUUCAUUGUUGUAAAUAUGCUUGAAGAAAAAUUAACGCAAUUUGCUGAAGUUACUCAAACAGAAACCGUGGACAAAAUAUUAUGUGUUGUUGGUCUUUUAUACAAUAUUCUCAGUUGUUUGAUUGACUAUGAAAUUCAUAUUGAAAAUGGUAGUAAAACUAUUACACUCAUAAGGAAAUUGCUAGAUAGUGAUUCUGUCAUGUCCUUGGAAAGAUAUCAAGUCCAUAAUGACAAAAUGAUGAAGCAACUUUUAAACAUUUCGGAAAUUUUGGAUGAAAUUUUUUCCUUAAACAAUAGUGUCACUAGUGUGGUAAAAGAAAUGUUUACCAUUGAUUUUUUGAGACAAGUGGUGGAUAUUUUGAAUUUUUUUCAAAAUGUUGCAGGCAAAAAAGCAGCCUUAGAACACAAAAUAAAAAUAUCACUAACUGGUGCAUUAUCGAAAUAUUCUUUUGUGUCAAAUAUCCAGGAACCCUCAAAUAGUCAACGACUUAUGUUGCUGUCAUUGGCCAGACCAGAUUAUGACUUUAAUACUGAAAGUGAUUAUGAUUUGGCAAUGGAAUUUUUAAACAGCAUCAAAUUAGCCAGUAAAGAAUAUCUCCCUGAAGAAAUUAUACAGAAAAUUCUGGAUUGUCUUCAGGAACUUAGUACAGUAACAUAUCGUAGCUACAAGAGUGCCCAAAAAAUAAUAUCCUUUUUAAGUGAUAUUUAUCGACAUCUCAUUCAUGUAGAUGAUGAUGAUUGUAAAAGCUUAGCAGUUGCAUUACUUCAACCAUUUUAUUCUCGCUUAUCGUCUUAUGGCCCAACUAUUGCCAUCGAGGUUUUGAAUGCAAUUGAGGCACUUUGUAAGGUGGAUCCUGAAUGUUGCUUUACCAAAUGGGAAAACAGAGAAAUAAUAAAAUUCGUUCCCCAAUUUCUAGCAAGCGAUUUUCAAACAGUUCGUUACAGAGCCAUAGAAGUCUUGGUGGAAUUCUUUAAAAACUCAUCUGGUACUACCAAACUAGCAACCUUGCAUCGGUUGGAGGAAUUAUUUGAAUUGAUUUAUCAAUCAAAUAUUCAAGUUUUUGAAGUACAAGGCUCUUUAACAGAUGAAAGAAGGCAAGAUGAAAUGAUAUCUAGAGCGUCUUCGGCUUUGUACACAUUUUUAUGUAUUAUUGUAAACUGUAACAGUUGGGUGGAAGAAGCACUUUUUGCUCUUAUAAAACUGGAACACAGCAAAAAACUUUAUAAUAUUUCUAAUGGAGAACUUUUAAACAAAGUUUUCUACGCACUAGAACUACAUUUUGGUAACAAAAAAUUCAUGGAAAAAUAUUUAGAAAUCGUUCUUAGCAAAUGGAUCGAGUCGGGCUACAAUAUCAACGACAUCCAAUUCAAUUUGCUGGGUUGUACUGAUAAAAAAGAACUCUAUUUGAAAUAUUUCGACACAUGUCUACCAAUUUUACUGAAAUUAGAUAAAAAUGACCUUUUCGCUGUUGCUAAAGAAAUGAAAAUGUCAGAAAAAGAUGUAUUUGAGCGGUGCUGUCCAAAAAUAUUUGCCAGGUCGCUCAGCACAAAUUCAAAAAAUAUCGACGAUCAAUUUAUCAGAAAAAAUUUAGACGUUUCAUAUUUAUGUCAAAUAUUAGGCCCCACGUUUAAAGAUUACUUAUUAAAAGACAUUGAUCAAAUUAUAUUAAGUUUACUUGGUGGCUUAACAGACCAAAAAAAUAUUGAACAAAUUCUUGGAGUAACCACAUUAUUCACUUCUAAAGGAAUAACUUAUAAUGACUUUAACAAAUGUCUUGAUUAUAUUCAGAAUUUACUAUGCAAUGGUAAUAACCUGAUUAGUUACCUGUCCAAAAAUAAAAAAGACAAAAUCCAAAAAAUUCAGCUCAAUUUACAAUACAAAGUUUACAAUUGUGCCGUAGAGCAACAAUUGAAAUGUUUUCAUCAAUUUACAAUAUUCAAUGAUUUAGUGCUUAAAACAUUACCAAAUGAAUUUUUCCUGAGAGACACUAUUUACUUCUUAGUACAUUUGAUACGUAAUUGCAUUAAAAUUGGCAAAGCUGUUCUAAGUUAUAUGAAAUACUGUUUAAAAAAUAUCUUGCCAGAAAAACACAAAGAAUUUCAACAAUUUGUCACAUUUGUUGUAAAUUCUUUAAAAAAUAUUGCAAUUGAAAAUGAGCAUUUAUUACCACUUUGUAUUGAAAUAUUAGAAUUUAUUAUAAUCGAUAAUUCACAUGCUCUAUUAACAACUAUAGAAAAACUCGACACCUUUCCAUCAAGGCCUGAAUUUAAUGAAAUAAGAAAUAGACACAAUAAUAUAAAAUAUAACAAUAAAAACAUAUCAUUGCAAGACGAAAUAACAUUAUUUUUGGAUAAUAAUGAUAUAGCAACUAGACAAGAUAGCUUGAUACAUUUAAAAUCAAUUUUAUCCAAAGAAAAACUACAACUGAAACUACUAUACGAUAAUUUAAGCAACAUAAGAGGUUUCUCAGAAGAUUGCGAACAAAGCUUACUACACAAACUAACCUCGACGCUAAUUAAAAUGAGCUGCUAUCCCAACGAUAAUAUCAGUCAUGAAGCCAUCAAAUGUCUAGGCGAAUUAGGACCUGCCGAUUUGACUACUAUAGUGCUCAAGCCUGAAAAGCGAGUUCUGGACAUACACUGUAAUUCUUUUGAGCUAUUGACAGGUCACGUUGUGUCGCUUUUGGUCCAGUACAUCAUCGAUCCUGAUAUUGAAGUUGUUCGGACCGCUAGUGAUACGUUGUAUGAAAUUUUGAAGUUCAAGGAAGGCAGGAAGAUUGUAGAUUCUUCAAUUGAUUUUGGAUACGGCUUGAUUCACAAAGAGUUCAUCACACCCUACUUGGAAAACUGUCAGAAACUACCAUCACAAAUAAAAAUCAACCAACUAAUGGACGAUUCUGAAUUAUGGUGUCCAUCACAACCCAUGGACAAUAAUGCUUGGAUUACCACAUUGGUUCUUCAUUUGUUAAAUAUGUUCAAUGAAGGAUGUUAUUUGAAGCAUUUGAUUUUAGUGUGUAAGGUCAAGGCUAAAUUUUGUGAAAAUAUUUUUCCUCUGUUAAUUUAUUUGAUGUUAUCGUUGAAUAACAGCAAAGUAACAGAAAUGAUUUCUGUACGUAUAAAUGGAUUUUUCACAAGUCAUUGUAAUUUGUCUACAGAGCCUGAAAAACUGUUAAUCCCUGUUAAUAAGAAAUCUGUAAAGUGCAUGUUGGAUGUAAUCAAUUUUAUUAGGCAACAACCCAGCAUUUUUAAAAAGUUUGAUGAUUUGAAACUAGAUUAUUUACCUAUCGCCAAAGCUGCUACAUUUUGUUCAGCUCAUUUCUCAACCAUACUUUAUGCAGAAUUAUGGUGUCAACAACAAAAAGACCUUAUCCUGCUAAAUAAGUCAAAAAACGAAGCAAAUGUCGAAGACGAAACUGCUUUUCUUGAUUAUAUUUACUACUUCGUAUCGAAAGAGCUGGGAAUUACUUUACAGCAAAUUUUACAAACUGCCUACAAGUCAAUUGGAGAAUUAGACGCACUUUCAGGCUGUGCUACUAGUACAUCAUUACUUAAUCCCGAACACAGAAUUGAAUUUUAUAAAAAAUUAGGUCCAUGGGAUCGUGUUAUGAAUUAUUAUAGUGCCCUUCCUAAUCCUGAUUUCGAUUUGCUAAUUGAAAGCUUUAGAAUGAACCAGAUGUAUUGGUUACCACUAUUAUGUGAAAAUUUAUGCACAGAGCCACAAUAUGAGUGUUUGUGGCGAUUAGGUCAGUGGCACACAAACAAAAAAGACAACAUCGAUAAGAUAAAUCCGGACAACUAUGAAAAAUAUAAAUUCGCCUGCUUGAAAGCACUAUGCAAUGAAGACAAAUACAUUUUUACUUCUUCAAUUAAUCAAUUUAGUCAAUGUAUAAUUCGCAAUUUAAGACACACUAGUCUCGAGAGUUGUAACAGUUUGUAUCCAAUAUUCUCUCAAUUGCAGUCUUUAAUUGAAAUGGAAGAUUGCAUGCAGGCGAUAGAUACUAACAAUUUUGAUGAAAUGUUACUGAAAUGGAAAAAUCAAGAUUUGAUCAUAAGGAAAAAUGAUUUUCAGUUUGUAGAACCUAUAGCUGCACAAAGAAUGACAAUUUUGAGUGAAUUCACUAAAAAAGAGCCUAGUUUGAAGAAGAAAUAUUUCAAUAUGGUUUUAGAUUUUGCAGAUUAUGCCAAAACCGAAUGUCGCACAAGAGUAGCUGAAACUGCACUCAUUAAUAUCACAAUAAAAAGUUCUAAUUUAGAGGACAGCAUCAAGUAUGAACUGCAAUUACGAGAAGCCGAAUUGCAUUGGUUGAAUAAUGAGCAGGAAACUGCUCAACAGAUUUUGGGAAAAUUGUGCAACACUGACAAUAAUAAGAUAACAAAACGAUUGAAAGCGUUCUGUUUAAAACUCCAAGGAUCCUAUAAAGCAGAAACUUAUUCAGAUAGAGCUUCAAAUUUGAAAUGCUUUGCUGACUCUAUCGAGAUGUACACAGCUAUGAGAAAUGAUAACAAUGUUUGGACCAAUGAGGAUUGUAAAAAUUUGGAAGAUGCUUUCGAUAAAAUGGCUACUUUUGCUGAUAAGGAAUAUCAACAAAUCAUGAGAUACAUGAAAUCCGAUCCCUUUCGCCAAAAAAUUUCCAAUAUCACCGCCUGUGAGCAAAUGGCCAGAGCCAUGAAAGUACUUAGGGCAAAAAGUGACGACGAAAAAAAAGCUCAAGUAAUCCAUGAAAGACAACUUAAACUUGACGAAUUUGAAAUGAAUACUACGUAUCAAGAAAAAGAACAAGUAUUGGGACUUGCAGUUAGAUACUACAUUAAAAACUUGUUGAGUUGCGACACAAACAACAUAAGAAUUUUCCGGAUGACGGCUCUAUUUCUGGAAAAUCGAGACAGCGAAGAUUUGCUUGGGCUUCUUAAAACCGAGGUUCAGCAAAUACCCACCUACAAAUUCAUUCCAAUAUUGCCGCAAUUGAUUCCUCAUAUAUCCACUACUGAUGUGUUCGGACAGCAAAUUGAUCAGAUAAUCGAAAAAUGUGCAAUUGACCAUCCGCAUCACACUCUACCUUUACUUUUGGCUUUAGUAAAAGCGAAUAAAGACAGGGAAUAUUCAAAUUCAAAGGCCAAAGUGAGCGUGAGUGAGAGGAGCGAAACGGCUUUAUCUUUGAUUAAGAGGUUGAUGAAAAAGAGUAAUAUAUUGGCUGGAAUAAUUGGGAAAAUGCUUACUUUAUCAGAUAGUCUAAUUCAAUUGGCAUAUUAUGUGGAUAAUGGUGACUCUUCUGAUAGUGAUAAAAGUGAAUUUACAAUACCAUCCAGAUUGAAAAUACGUCAAAUUAAAGACUAUGGGGAUGUUUUGGUGCCUACAUAUAAUAUACCAGUUAGCAAAUCCAAUACCUAUGAUAAUAUUGUCGGUAUAUACAAAUUUGCACCAAAAUACAAAACAGUAGGUGGCAUAAACGCACCUAAACGCAUCGAAUGCAUCGGUACCAAUGGUAAAACCUAUUCACAAUUAAUCAAAGGCCAGGACGACCUCAGACAAGACGCAGUUAUGCAACAAGUUUUCACUAUUAUGAAUAAUUUGCUCUCAGCCAAUAAGCAAACGAGAAGUUUGCUUAUCAGAACGUACAAAAUUGUACCAUUGUCGAUGCGGAGUGGUAUAUUGGAAUGGGUUGAUAAUAGUAUGCCUAUUGGAGAAUAUUUAAUUGGUGCUAAGGGUACUGACAAUGCUGCCCAUAAGAAGUUCAGACCGAAUGAUAUGACUCCUGGUUGGUGUAAAGCCAAGUACAGAAAUUGUGCAGGAAAACCGUUAGAAGAAAAACUAAAAGUUUACAAUUCAAUAUGCCAAGUUUUUCGUCCAGUUUUCCAUAAAUUUUUCGAGACAAACUUCCGUCAACCCUCAGUGUGGUACGAAAGGAGGAGAGCUUAUAUACACAGUGUGGCCACGACGAGUAUGUGCGGUUACAUUUUAGGCAUCGGGGAUAGACACUUGAGCAAUAUUUUGAUCGACAAACAAACUGCUGAGGUGAUUCAUAUUGAUUUUGGAAUUGCUUUUGAUCAGGGCAAAUGUCUACCAACACCUGAAACAAUCCCAUUUAGAUUAUCCCGUGACAUUGUGGACGGUAUGGGUGUCUCGGGCACUGAAGGACUGUUCAGAAAAUCCUGUGAAAAAACUCUGGAAGUCCUAAGAUCAAAUUCGCAAACAAUUUUAACGAUUCUGGAAGUUUUGCUUUACGAUCCACUGUAUUUUUGGACCGUUUCAGCAGCUGAAGCUAAGAAACGUCAAACUGAUGAUGACAGUACUGAUAGCACCUAUAGUGAAGACUCUGAAGAAGAAAGCAAAAAUAUAUCGGCAGAAAGGGCUCUAUUGAAGCUGAGAGACAAACUGCAAGGUACUGAAGAACAAAAACCUAUUAGUAUUGAGCAACAAGUCCGCGUUUUAAUUCAGCAAGCCAAGGAUCCCCGAAACUUGUGUAGGCUGUAUGUAGGUUGGCAGCCAUAUCUUUAAAAAGACCAAUUUAGACUAGGUUAUUUUUGCCUUACAAAUAUCCACUCUAAUAUUUGUUAGGGCUGCAUUAAAUAGUUUAUUUAAGCUUUCAAUGUGAAUGCUGCUGUCAAUGUGAUAUUUCUCUUUUUUGGGUAUAAUAUGUGGAUUCUCAACAGUGUUUCAAAUGUUUGUUUUCUCCCAAACGAAUCUCAUCUUUCUUUUUCGAUCAUCAAAUCUCAUAUAGGUGGUUGGUAUUACAUAUUUAUUCCAGUCGUCAAUAACAUAUACCUGAAUUAAAAAGACAUCAGCAUCCUCACAUAUAAGAAAAAUAUACAAAGGUGUUUGCCUUCAAUACACCAAUGUUAGUAAAGAUGCAGAAGGAUUUUGCAAAAAUAACCUAAAAUUCGAUUUUUAGUUUGUAAGUUGUUCUUGUUCUUAAUUUGUUACUAUAUUAAACGUUAAAGUUAUUAUUCCGAGAUCUUCAGUUUGAGCAAAAUAGCUUUUGUUUAUCAAUAAUUAUUGAGCUGAAGAAUAUAUUAUAAUAGAAUUUAUUUUUUUACGUUUUCUACUAUACCUGAAGUUGAAGAUGAUUUGGGUACCUACCUAUUAAAUUAAUAUUAAGUUUGAUUGUUUGUAAAAUAUUGUCAAUCAUUUACUCGUAAU